AUGGAUCGAGCAUCCGGAUGCGGUGUGCCAUUGAUAUCCGAGCAACUCGAGGAUCCCAUCAUAAUGGGGCUGCUUACGAUCUUGAAGAAGGUCAAACAAAAGGAGAAGGAGCUUCGCAUCCUGAUGCUAGGCUUGGACAAUGCGGGGAAGACGACUAUUCUGAAGAAGUUCAUGGGCCAGGACAUCACAUCAAUCAGCCCCACGCUUGGCUUUGACAUUCAAACACUCGAAUACAAGCAGUACAAGCUAAACGUAUGGGACGUGGGUGGUCAACAAACGAUUCGGUCGUAUUGGCGCAACUACUUUGAGCAAACGGACGGACUUGUGUGGGUCGUUGACAGCGCCGACCGCCGUCGACUGGAAGCUUGCAAGCGCGAGUUGAUGGCGUUGCUAACCCAAGAAAAGCUGGCAGGAGCCACGCUUCUUAUAUUCGCCAACAAACAGGAUCUCCCUGGCGCGCUAAGCCCCGAAGACAUCGUGUUGGCAUUGGGCCUUCACGAAAGGCAAUUUGCUAAUCGCCACUGGAAGAUUCAAUCGUGCAGCGCGUUCACCGGUGAUGGAUUAGCCGAUGGCAUCGACUGGAUGGUGAACGACAUCUCGAACCGAAUUUUUAUGCUGGAGUAA